AGCUCGGUAAAUUGUCCGCCAUUUUGUGUGCUCUACUAUCUGCAAGGAGGGCGAAAGCGGCAGCUGCGAGAGGAGAGGGCUAGGCUGCGCUCUGAGAGCUGGGACUUCUACCCUUGAAGCCCGUGUGCCGAGAAUCCGAUGUUGGGCUCGGCUUCGUGGCUGAAAACAGCAAAUCGGCCCAUGAGAACUAUCAUUCCCAACCAAAGGAAGAGGUCCAACAGGAGUCAGCAUCUAUUCUUUCAGGUUUGGCAGCAAGAAAGAGGGCAGGAGGUGGAGACUGUGGACACUGAAAAGAAAACUGAAAGGUGACACUUAAAUUGAAGAUGGGAGGUGGAGAAAGAUUUAAUAUUCCAUCUACCCAGCCCAGAAACGCUAACAAGAAUCACCAGCAGCUAAACAGGAAAAAGAGCAAAGAUCAGAAUUCACAGAUGAAGAAAAUCCACAAGAAAGAAAGGGGACAUGGAUGUAGUCCAUCAUCUGCAGCGUGGCAGGCCAUGCAGACUGGAGGAAAGAACACAAUGCAUUUCCAAAAUAGCCAGAAUUGGAAUCCAGUUUUAUCCACUGCACUCUUCAUGCCUCAAACCAACCAAAAUUAUGCUGGAGCAAAAUUCAGCGAGCCUCCUUCUCCAAGUGUUCUUCCUAAGCCACCAAGUCACUGGGUCACUGUUUCACUGAACCCUGCUGAUAAAGAAAUCCUGACUUUUCAGCUGAAGACCUUGCUUAAAGUUCAGGCUUGAAAUGUAAAUUUGAGGGAAACUACAUUUUAUAGUUUCAAAGUCAGCAAUGUUAGGGUCUGCUUUGGGAUUCCAGAAUGCAAAGCCAGGCACAUUUUAGAAAUUCAGAUUAGCUGUGUGUAAUUUUUUUUAUGUGUGUGUCGGGGGGGGGGUCUUCCUUUUAUGGGCUCUGUGCACUGUAUCUAUUCUAUGUUAUUAAUGCCAUGGUAUAACUGAUAGGCAGCCACAGGCUUCAGUGCUUGCUUUUUAAACCACCUAACUUUUAAUUGUGUUCUUAAGCACUGUUCCCUUUUCAGAGAAAGUAAAAUUAAUGCAAGUUGACCAAAUUUCCACUACAAAAUAACUGUAGGCAUUGGAGUAAAACCAAUAAUUUUCUAACGAAACUCACUUUUUUUUUUAACAAAAAUCACAUAUCUAAAAUUGAAACUACCAUUAUGUAUUUUUCAGUUUUAAGAAUCAUUUCAGAUGACUAACUUCCAUAUGAAAAAGUGAUUUGGGCAGGCAGAUAAAGCCCUGUGACCAAAAUCUAAACGUUUACCUAGGGGAAAUGAAUUUUGUACAGCACUUGUGUAGUAAAAACUUAAGCAUGCAUUUGAUCUCUUGCUUUUUGCGCAAACACAAGCACCCUAUAAGUGUGCCAACUCAAAAGCAUUUUUGCAUUGCCUGGUGACUGCCAAAUGCUUUCAAGUGUUCUCCUUCGCACUGUAUUUCACUGAGCUGUAUUUUAAAUACGUUCUGUAUGUUUUGUAUCUCUUGCUGAAAUAGAACUGUUGAGGCCAGUCUCAAGUUAGAUGAACUUGUUCAAUUAAGGUUCCCAAGUGUAAAAACAUCUUUUAUGUGUGGAAGAAAGAGCCAUGUAAAUAAAUGUAAAACUUUGUAGCAUAUGUAAAUUUAUGCUGGGCUUUCCUGCCAGAAUAAAAGUAUUUUUAGUACAAAACUGCUGAAUGUUAAAAAAGACCAUGCUGAGCUCAUGGCAUGAUUUUUUUAAAAAAAUUGUUUAAAAAACCUGAAAAGCACAUAUCUGUGCCCCUUGCACUUGAACAACAUAGAGGGUGUAUGUACCCAUGCUUGGCUUUGUGAGUUUUAAAGUCAACAUGGUGCAAAACGAAGCGCUGACUUCAGAAGGUAAAACAAACUUUUAACACUGAGUAAAAUCCAGUUUUUGUUAACUAAUAGUGCAAUUCAUUAAUUUUAAUGAAGCUGAAUUGCACCUUUAGGCUGUGAUUCUAAAAAACACUUGACGGACAAGUGUGGUUUAGGAUUAGGAUGCAGUACUGAAGCACACAACUGUUGCAUUGCAGUUAGUAAAAGCAUUGCUUCCAUUUUGAAUGUAUUAAGUUACUAGUCAAGACUGUCGCAGUUAUGCAUGUUCUAAAAUUUCUUCUAAUACAAUUCUCUUAAGAUACAGGCCUGGCAGUAUCCCAUCAUUGAAGUCUAAUCUUAUUUUAGAUUCCUGCCUUAUAGAGCAAGAUAAAAUAAUUUGGUCUGGAGCUAUGUUUGAACUUAACGCUUGAAAUUCUUGGCAAAAAUACAGGUUAACCAGUUUGAAGAGCUACUUCCAUAGCAAAGCUUGAGAAACUUUUCUCAGAUUGGAAAUUUGUUGGCAACGAGCAUGUAUAAUGAUUAGGUUUUUAAUGAAAUCUUAGAUUUUGUACGUACCACUUGAUUUCAUGUUACCUGCCUAAAUGUUUAGUAGUAAUUGUCUAAAGUUAGACAACGGAGAACAUGCCACUUUCUGAAGAACAUACAGCUUCAGAGGUACUUGGCUAUAAACUAGUGUAUUAAACUACUUAUACAUUCAAAAUCUUGGAAACAAUAAAAUAUACCAUUUUCCUAAAGACUUAAUAUUGGAUAUUGCACCAAAAUUUAUUAUGUCUUGUGUCCCAAAUUUAUCCUUGAAACUUAAAUCAUUGCUGUAGCCCAAUGUAAUUUUAAUGUGUUCUAAAUUGUGAAUGUAUUACUUGAGUAUGAAUUGGAAACAAAAUUCAAUAAAAAUCCCUACCCUUUC